CUAAGUCGCAAGCGGCUGAGGACGCGUUGCUGAGGGAUAUACGCCCACAGAUACGUUCGAAGUCCUCAAUUUUCUACUCUCUCUCUCUCUCUCUAUUAAACCCUCGCUGUUCCUCUCCUUUCUAUCCUUAAAUUUUGAUGGGAAUUGAUGUCGACGUCUUCAAAUUCUCCACAUUUUCUGUCAACUUCAGGUGAGUUACAUGGCUCCCAGCAAUCUAUUUAUGGAAAGAUUGCUUCUUUCAGUAAAAGAUUGGGGGUUUGUUUGAAGAGAUGUGUGAAGCUCACAGGUAUUUAGGGUUUUGGGAGUGAAAACUAAGGAGCAGGCUUUGGUACUCUCUGCGGGCUGAGAAAAAGUUUGAAUCUUGGUUGCUUGCUAAAGGGAUGACUUUAUUAAUUAGAGCUUUUGCUCUACUUAUUCAUCUGGUGAUGGUGAGGGUUGUGAAUGGAAACGUUGUUAUACUGGGGAAGAAUAUUUCGGAGUCUUUCAAUGACAUGGAAGCUAACUUCACUCCUAAAAUAAAAGGGUCCGGUAAAUGCGGGGUCUUGUGGAUAGCUGAUCCUAUCGAUGCAUGCUCUCCCUUAACGAACAAAGUGGCUGGAGGUUCAAAAUCUUCAUUCGCCUUAAUUAUUAGAGGAAGGUGCUCAUUUGAUGACAAAGUUAGAAGUGCUGAAAAUGCUGGAUUCAAAGCUGCUAUUAUAUAUGACAAUGAAGACAGUGGCCCCCUGAUUGAAAUGGGAGGAACUCCAGGUGGUGUAAAAAUACAUGCUGUUUUUAUAUCCAGAGCCUCAGGCAAGGUACUGAAAAAGUAUGCAGGUGAUACUGAUGUUGAGACAUGGGUCUUACCAACCUUUGAAAACACACCAUGGUCUAUAAUGGUUGUUUCUUUCAUAUCACUACUUGCCAUGUUUACUGUGCUGGCUACAUGCUUUUUUGUAUGUAAACACCACACAAGACGUGAAAGACGGAGAGCUCAGGUUGAAGAGUUCCAUGGGAUGAGCCGUCGUUUGGUGAAAGCAAUGCCGAGUGUGAGAUUCACAACUGUUUUAGAAGACAAUUGUACUUCAAGCGCAUGUGCUAUUUGCCUUGAAGACUAUAGUACUGGAGAAAAGCUUCGAAUUCUACCAUGUUGUCACAAGUUCCACGCAAUUUGCGUCGAUUCUUGGCUCACGGCAUGGAGAACAUUUUGCCCUGUGUGCAAACGAGAUGCCAGGACAAGCAUUAACAUCCCUCCGGCCUCAGAAUCUACUCCGUUACUUUCCUCCGGUGCCCCAACUCCAUCAUCUGUCAAUUUACUAUCUUGCCAUUCAUCUUUAGCAUCAUCUCCAUCAAUACCAAUUGCCUCCUCAUCUCCACCCGUAUCGAUGCUCCUCCUGCCUCCUUGGAUCCCCCCAGCUUCUCGUAAUCAUUCAUUGUCUAAUACUCAUAAUAUGGUUAACUCAUAUAGUUCCUAUAAUAAUAAUACCUCUAGCAUACAUAUAAACCGAAGCUUUGUAGAUCUUAGGAGUACACCAUUUCAAAGGUCUGCAGGGUUGAGAUAUUCAAGCAACGCAUCUCCGAGUUAUCUUGUUGGGUCAUCUGGUCAAUGUUCAUACUUGAGGCAUUGUGAAUCUAGAGCAAGUAUUUCUGCUUCUGCUUCUGCUUCUGCUUCUGCUUCUGCUUCUGGAUAUUCUGUGGGGCUUCCUUUGCCCUCUCCUCACAGUUCAAGAUUUAUGAACCAUUAUAAUGCUAGCUCGAGUAACGCAUCUCCGAGUUUUCUCGUUGGGUCAUCUGGGCGAUGUUCAUACUUGCGGUAUUGUGAAUCUGGAGCAAGUAUCUCUGCUUUGGCUUCUGCUCAGUCUCUUCCUACUUGUUAAGUUGCUGGAAUUUGCUUAACUGAGUUUUCUCCUAUGGUUUAAUGUGGAUAUACCCCCUGUAGUUUUAUUGUUGCAGAUAGACACC